UAAUUCUGUGAAUUAUGGAGAAAAAUAAUUUAAAAAAUAAUUUGGUAAUUGUGAUAGUUGACAUCCAAUUAAAAUAUAAAUUCUAAUUAUUUAUGAAAUGACAUUUUUAUCCUUAACCAAAAGAAUUAAAGUAACACAAAAAAAUUAGAAUUUAUUUGUAAGGUUCUUUAAUGGAUUAAAAAAAACAAAAAUAGAUAGUAAGAGAAAAAAUCUCACAAAUCAAAAUAUAAUGAGAGAUUUGAUGUCUAUAGAUUUUAUGAAUUUGAAAUUUCUGAAACUAAAAUUCGUAAUACAAAAGGUAGCAAAAAAAAACAUUAUUUUAUGUAAAAACUAUGGAUUGAAUGAAUUUAUGGUACAAAUCUUUUUCUCCAAAUGAGUCCUUAAUGUAUUUCUCGUAUUUGGGUGUUUGAUAAAUAAAUAUUAAAUAUAGAAACAUGAAUUUCAAAAUAUAAUCAAAGUAGUGUAUAUGAUUAAUAUGUUGUUAAACAAAUAAGAGGUUUGAAGUUAAAAUUUUAUCUCAUGUAAGUUUUAUUAUCUUAUGGUGAAAUUAAACUUCAUUUUUUUAUCUUACUUCAACUUUUCUCAUUUAAUAAAAAUAGGUUUUAUUUUUAUUUGAUUUUAUUUCCCUGGUAUUGAUUUUGUAAUUUUAAAUCAACUCUCGCAGUUGAAAUUAGAGAAUAAUUAUAAUCAAACAUUAAUUAUAUAUUAUUUUGCAAAAUGAAAGCAAUUGUAUUUGGUAAAUGGACUCAUCUUAUUAGUUAAUCCCUAGCAUGGAGAAACACGUACAAGGAGGAAAGGAAAGAGAAAAAACAGGGAGAUGGAGUUAGGUACCUAUUAGGAGGGCGUUGGAGGUGUGGGUCAUAUUCUUAUUCUCCUUCCCUGUCUUUCCCUUGUUGAGUGCAGAUUCAUCCCAAAGGGUGAACCCACUUCCGGUUCCGGUGUAACAAGUAGAAUUGGAAGUCUCAUCGUUUGUGUCGACAACAGUGGUAGUGGUUUGAGGGGGUUGGGGAUUCAAAUAUGAAACAUGGUUGAUUGUGUACGUCCCAAUACCUCCAGGAAGUGUAUGUUCCACGGAAGUUGCUUGCUCGCCCUCGCCCUCGCCCUCGCCUUCUUCCUUGGCUACAGCGGCGCAAGGUGGACCACCGCCUCCCCGUUCUAGUGGUUGAAGAAAAUCGUGAGUCUUGAGGUAGCCACCUACUCAAGCAUCAAGGGAACACAAACAUAUGAAUAAUUAAAUAUUAUUCAUGUUAACUAGUCAGUCUAACUCGGGCUCUACCUAUGUAAAUGUGAAACGAGCAAGGAUGGCCUGGCCGUGUUUAGCAUGCAUGCACAACAAUCAGUCAUCAAAGAGAGUGAGUGAGUAGAGUAUAUCACUGGUUUUGGCUUCCCCCGACAAGGACAACCCUUUUUCUUUGGUUUUCAUUCCCGGUGAAAGCUUGGUUACCGGGAUCCAGGCUAGAGAUGCAAAAAUAUCUGUAACCGUGGAUAUCCGUCCGAAUUCGAUCUAAUCAGUUAGGGUAAAAGUCGAACCUGAAGGACAUUUAGCGGGUAUGAGUAAAACCCGAACCUGAAUAUUGCGGGUAAUGGGUGGGCAUGGAUUUCUCACUAUCCAGCCCGAACCUACCCGAUUAUACACAUGGACAUGUAUUUUGUCUAGAAAUAAUCAUUAUUUUCUCUAACAUAUUUUAUACUUAGCAUAUAUAUAUAUAUAUAUAUAUAAUAUUUUCAUGAAAUUUUGUCGUUUUAAUUAAUUUUAUUUAUUCUGGUGAAGUAUUGUUGUACUUUUCCUCUUAGGUAAUGUGAGAAUAUGUAUGAAUGUUAACAUAUUGGUAAGAGUUAUGAAGAGAAAUUAUUACCCAUGGAUAACCGUGGAUAUCCAAAACCCAAACGGGUUUCGGCAUGGUUUUGAUUUUUUACUCAUUUCACAUGUGGGUAUGGGUAUGGUUAAAACCCGAACUAAUUUGGAUAGGGUAAUUGAUAUGCACUAUCCGCCGCCGACCCGACCCAUUGACAUCCCUAAUCCAUGCAGUUGCAAUGGAAAUCAAAGCAUAAUUAUUCCUACCCUCCCUAUCUAAUUAAUAUGAUGAACCGUAACCCACGAUUCAAGGGUUUUGCUUGUAAUUCACAAGCGAGAGAAAGACUUGGUGUCUAUAAACCUUUGAUUUAUUUGAUUGAUACGUAGCUAAUAUCAAAUGUACUUAUUUACAGGCUUAGAAAAGCCUAUUACUUAACCUAACUCUAACCGAAAUCCUUCUCCUACUCGGCUACUCCAACCCCAAAUUCAAAGAAAACUUACAACGAAACACCCACGCCCAAAAAUAAAAAACCCAAACCGAAAAUACUAUCAUCAUAAUGUUAGAAGUGUAGGUACCAAUUUGUAAUUGUACAUAUAAGUGACGUGAGCUGGGAUUAGGGUUGUAGGUUGGCCGAGUAUAUAUAUAUGUUGUGAUGGCUAACCUACGAAAGAAAACACAGAAAAUAAAGAUCGAUCUCUGCCUUGUGCCGUGGACUAGUCUUGACGAUACUCGUCAAGGAAACCACGUAAAUCCGUGUCUCUUCUCUCUCGUAUUCGUGUGUUCGUAUAAUUAUCAUGGUAUCAGAGCCUCAGGAUUCUUGAUUACGCCUGAAGUUUUGGGUUUCGUGGAUUUGUGCGUCUGUUCUGCUAUUCGUGUGUCUGUUUGGGGUUUAUACAGCGGCUGUCCCUUGUUCAGCGUACCUGGAAAUUUUGGGUGUGUUGCUUCUCGGUUGUAUUGUUUUUGGGAUUGAUUCUUGAGGUUGGGUGCUGUGCGAUCUUUUGUUCAUUGUGAAGGGGCUGUGUGCUUUUGUUCGGAGGUCAUGGAAGGAUUUAAAUCUGAUGUUGUAGGGGUUCGCUUUAACGGCAAGAAUUAUGCACUAUGGGAGUUCCAAUUCAGGCUCCAUGUGCAAGGGCGCCGAUUGUUUUCGUUUCUGGACGGGACUGCUCUCCCACCCGCGGCUGAUGCCGCUGCUAAGGAACGGGACGAUUGGGCCGCCAACAAUGCUACGGUGAUGUCUCUGCUGUUGGGAUCGAUGGAGCCUGGAAUUGCUCUUAGCUUACGCGGUCUGCCUACGGCGGCAGCGAUAUGGAAGCAUAUGGCCGAUCUGUACUCGAAGGCGAGCGCCUCUCGCAAAUAUGAUAUCGAAGUUGAUAUGGCGGCGCUGAAACAAGGAGAGCUGGAUAUUAGUUCAUAUUAUCAGGAGGCAAUGACGUUGUGGACGGAGCAUGACCUGAUCAUGAGCUCUCUUGUUCCAGCGGCGGCGACGUCGGAUGUUCUCAAAGAGAGGGCUGGCUCGCGCGUUAUGCAUUUCCUAAUGAAUCUUCGGGCUGAGUUCGAGGGGAUUAGGGCUUCACUACGGCAUCGUGAUCUAUCUACCAUUGAGGAUGUUUUACCUGAGCUUCUUCGCGAGGAGACUAGGUUAAAGAGUCAAGCUAAGCUUGACAUUCAUGCUUCCGAUCCUGGCGCGGCAUUUGCGGUGCGUCAAGGUCGUCCACAGUUCGCUCGCACUCCAUCAGGCGUGAUCAUAUGUCACUUUUGUAAAGAGCCGGGUCACAUUCAAUUUCACUGCAAGAAAAGGAACAAUUGCAACUAUUGCAAACUUGAUGGCCAUCUCAUCGCCGACUGCCCAACAUUGGCGCAGCGGGGUCGUCAUCGCAAUGCUGCCGGGAAUUCUCGUUAUCGUGGUAGCUCGCGUCCCCGACCUGCUGGUGGCGCCUAUGCAACUACUGUUGCUGAAGCUUCCUCGCCUGGCAUGUCCCCAGAAGAUGUUCAGAAGCUUGUUCAAGAGGCGUUGAAGGAGGCCUUCGCAUCGGGUAUGCAUUCUUCCUUUUCUAGUACUUGGCAUUUAGACUCAGCAGCUUAUAACCAUAUGACCAGUGAUCGUCGUCUAUUUGCCGAGCUUAGUUCCUCUACUCCGGCCCUUGAUUUACAAGCUGCUGAUGGGUCUCGUAUGCACAUUAAUGGGUCUGGUCGUGUGGUUCAGCCCCAUAUCUCUCUCCCUAAUACAUUAUACGUUCCUAAGCUCGUUCCCAACCUAGUCUCGGUCGGUCAAUUAGCUGAAGACGGGUGCCGUGUUAUGUUUGAUGAGGCUGGCUGUGUUGUGCAGGACAAGAAAACGGGAGUGGAGAUCGGGCGGGGGAGUAAGAAGGGUCGGGUUUAUCUGUUGGACAGCAUCUCGAAGAUAGGAGGGGAGGCCGAGGGCUGCUCUGGGCAAGCGACCGAAGUUAGCAUGAAGAGUUUAGUUGAUGCGUCUGGCAGUAGUAAUAUUAUUUCAUGUUCUGGUUUUUCAGCGGAAUUAUCAAACUGGGAUUUGUGGCAUUUUAGACUGGGUCAUCCCCAUUCAGCAAGACUUCGUACUAUGUUUGAUAAUCAUUGGUUGUCGGGAUCUAUUUCUGGGAAUAAUUCACAUGAGUGUGUUCAUUGUUUACAAGCUAAGAUUUCGCAGAAGUCGUUUACUGCUAGUGAUACGAUAUAUGCUGAACCUUUUGAGUUAGUUCACACUGAUUUGUGGGGGCCGUCACCAGUGACAUCGCGACUGGGUUUUCGUUAUUUUGCAUUGUUUGUUGAUCAAGCUACCCGGUUUACCUGGGUGUACUUCUUACGGCAGAAGUCAGAACUAUUGACAGUAGCUCGAGAAUUUGUGCAGAUGGUGUCUACUCAAUUUGGUAAGGUGAUUAAGAUCUUGCGCUCAGAUCCGGGAGGUGAAUUUUCUUCACAUUCACUCAUGGCCCUAUUCAGAGAACGUGGCAUACUACAACAACUAUCGUGUCCUGGAGUCUCUCAGCAGAACGGACUGGUCGAACGGAAGCAUCGUCACGUUCUUGAGCUUACCCGAGCGAUAUUAAUUCAUUCACAGGUACCAUCAGGAUUUUGGGUCGAGGCAGUUCAUACGGUGGUCUAUCUCAUUAAUAGACAAAUCACCACGACUCUCCCGCAACGAAGUCCGUAUCAAGCUCUUUAUUCCCGUCUACCUAAUUAUGGAUGGUUGCGUGUGUUUGGGUGCAUAUGCUAUGUGUUGGUAUCUCGGCGGGAGCGAACUAAGCUCACUCCUAAAGCAGUUAAAUGUGUGUUUAUCGGUUAUAGCGAUAAGCACAAAGGCUACGUCUGCUAUGAUGUUGCCAAAAGACGAGUCCGAAUAUCAUGUCAUGUUAAGUUCCUAGAGCAUCAAUCAUAUUAUGGGACGUCGAACACCUACCCAACCGGUUCGGAGCUUGACUUCUUGGCUGAUACUUGGCCUCUUGAUAUAGAGAAUGUAUCGGCAGACCCUCCAAAUGACCCAGGUGAUGAUGACCAUGGCCAAGAUUCACCCCUUUCCGCCGCCUCAGACUCUUCACCCAGCACACACUCGUUCGUUUCUUCCUCGGCGGAUGAUGUGUCCUCUACCUCGUCACAUUCGCCAACUACCUCAGCAACAUCAUCUUCGUCCUCUUCUUCCGGGUCAGCGUCCUCACCAAUUCCCUUUGAGCUGGCCGAACAAGUUGAGGAGCCCAUUCUUCGCCGCUCUACCCGUGUUACCAGAGGUAAACCACCGGCCCGUCACAAUGAUUUUCUAGCCUAUUCCACAUCCUCCAUACAUGUGCCAGCAACAUACAAACAAGCUAAAGGAGUUGAGCGGUGGGAGAAGGCCAUGGACGUCGAGAAAGAUGCUCUUGAAGCGUCACGUACGUGGGAUCUAGUGGAGCGCAAACCUGGUAUGUCAGUUAUCGGUUGCAAGUGGGUAUACACUCUUAAGAUGUUGCCCGAAGGUACUGUGGAACGAGAAGAGGCAAGGUUAGUGGCUCAAGGGUUUCGACAAGAGUACAGGGUUGAUUAUGAAGAAACCUUUGCACCAGUAGCAAAGAUGCAGACGGUCCGAAGUCUAUUGGCGGUGGCAGCAAUGAAGAAAUGGCGGUUAUUGCAGUUAGACGUGAAAAAUGCAUUCUUACAUGGCGAUUUAAAGGAAACCAUCUACAUGGAACGUCCACCGGGCUAUACACGGGGUGACAAUACUAUGGUUUGUCGUCUACGUCGCUCAUUGUACGGGCUUAAACAAGCUCCCAGGGCAUGGUUUGAGAAGUUUCAUGCCACCAUUGUUCAAGCUGGUCUUGUACAGAGUGAGAAUGAUCUGUCACUCUUUCUUCAGUCCACUAGUAGAGGUCUUACGGUACUUCUGAUCUAUGUAGACGACAUGGUGGUGACUGGUGAUGAUAGUGUUGGUAUUGACGACUUGUUACUGGUUCUGCGCUCGGCUUUUAAUCUCAAGGAACUUGGGGAUCUCUCUUACUUCCUUGGACUGGAAAUUCAUCGUUCUCCUGAAGGCCUUCAUGUUGGUCAACGAAAGUACAUUGUAGACUUACUUGAGGAAGCUGAAAUGGAUGAUUGUCUCGCCUGUAAUACUCCCAUGGAGCAGAAUCUUAAACUACGGCAGUUGGAGGGUGAAUUACUACCGGAUGGCUCACUAUAUCGGAGUAUUGUGGGGAGUCUCAUUUAUCUGACACAUACUAGACCUAAUAUAUCGUAUCCUGUACAGAUUGUGAGUCAAUUCAUGUCAGCUCCACGCAAGCCUCACUGGAUGGCUGUUCAGAGAAUUUUGAGAUAUCUGCGAGGUACCCAGGAGGUCGGACUGUUAUUCCCAACUGAAGGGAAGCCAAUUCUUGAAGCUUAUUCAGACGCUGACUAUGCAGGUUGCCAAGACACUCGUCGGUCUACCUCUGGGUGGUGCAUAAAGAUCGGUAAUUCCUUUAUCUCUUGGAGGUGUAAGAAACAGGAUCGAGUAUCCAAGUCAUCUACUGAAGCUGAAUACCGUUCCAUGAGCGAAGUGUCCUUUGAAAUUGUUUGGCUGCGCAGGUUAUUGGCAGAGCUCGGAGUUAUUUGUCAGGGUCCAGUUCGACUGUUUGUUGACAAUACGAGUGCAAUUCGUAUUGCAACUAACCCAGUGCUACACGACAGGACAAAGCAUAUUGAAGUGCACGUUCAUUAUAUUCGUCAGCUUGUAGCUGAAGGCAUUGUGGAUCUUACCUACGUCACGUCCGAAGACCAGACUGCUGAUCUUCUGACUAAGGCUGUGUCUACUCCUCGUCACUGGUUCCUAGCACACAAAUUGAUGUUGCGACAGCUACAUCAAUUUGAGGGAGGGUGUUAGAAGUGUAGGUACCAAUUUGUAAUUGUACAUAUAAGUGACGUGAGCUGGGAUUAGGGUUGUAGGUUGGCCGAGUAUAUAUAUAUGUUGUGAUGGCUAACCUACGAAAGAAAACACAGAAAAUAAAGAUCGAUCUCUGCCUUGUGCCGUGGACUAGUCUUGACGAUACUCGUCAAGGAAACCACGUAAAUCCGUGUCUCUUCUCUCUCGUACUCGUGUGUUCGUAUAAUUAUCACAUAAUACGACCACAACCAUCAUGGUAAGGCAUUCUGUUUAAAGUUAAUCCCUCUUUUUUUUUUUUUUUAUCUUUUCCUAGUUUCCAAGAUAGAUAUAGCUGAUCAACACCUAGCCUAGCUAGUUGCAUGAGAGUCUGAGUUACAGCUAUAAAAAAAAUGUAUAUAU